UUGACAUUUAUAAAUAUGAAUUCAAGUGUCACUACGGGAAUAUUAAAAAUCGGAUUAGUAUAAAAAUUUGUAUUAUUUACACGAAUUACUCAAUUGGGUAUUGGAAUUUAACACAAAUUUUAAAGACAGAAAGGAAAAAACCGCUUUGACAAUGAGUUAUAUGCUAGGACAUUUACACAACGGCUGGCAAGUAGACCAAGCUAUUUUGUCUGAAGAAGAUCGCGUUGUUGUGAUAAGAUUUGGCCAUGACUGGGAUCCUACCUGUAUGAAAAUGGACGAAGUGUUGUAUAGUAUCGCGGAAAAAGUAAAAAAUUUUGCCGUCAUCUAUCUGGUGGACAUCACCGAGGUUCCAGAUUUUAAUAAAAUGUACGAGUUAUACGAUCCCUGCACAGUUAUGUUUUUCUUUCGUAACAAACACAUUAUGAUAGAUUUGGGCACGGGUAAUAACAAUAAGAUCAAUUGGCCUCUAGAAGACAAACAGGAGAUGAUCGACAUCAUCGAGACGGUGUAUCGUGGUGCUCGCAAAGGCCGUGGUCUUGUAGUGUCUCCAAAAGACUAUUCCACUAAAUACAGAUACUGAAUUGUUUGUUACUCUUAUAGACUUGUUCUGUAAAUGGAAAUGAUCUCUAGAUACUCUUCACCGAGUAGAGAUGGAAGGUGUCUGCUACCUUGCUCAACAGACAUUGUUUAACAAAGCAAUCUACUGAUACAUGAAAAAGGAAAAUAUCAAAUUGCUGUUGUCGCCAACACCAAAUGGAACAAUUCUGAUGGAACUGAUUUAUGUUUAGUUGUAUCAUAAAAAAUAAUUUACUAAUUAAAAUAAAUUACAAAUGAAUUACUCUA